AUGUUUGGCGGGGAGCCGUCACGAGAGAGCGCUGUGGUUUGGCGGGAGGCGCCCCAGUCUGCCUGCCGCUUCCGCGGCCGUGACGCCAGGGGGGACCAGCCAGCUCUGCGGGUGAGCGACUGGGAAUUCCGCGCCGCCGCGGGUUAUUCAUGGGCGCAGAGCGCGGCCCGCUAUUUUGUGAAUAAUAAAGAAAAUCCAACUUCUGCAGACAUUGAAAAGAUUCUCAGUUCUGUCGGUAUCGAAGCUGAUAGUGAGAGACUGACGAAAGUUAUCAGUGAAUUGAAUGGGAAGAACAUUGAAAGUCUGAUAGCAGCAGGUCGUGAGAAGUUAGCAUCAAUGCCAGUUGGUGGUGCUGCUGCUCUUGCUGCUGCAGCUGCGGCUGGAGGUGGCGGUGCUGCUGCAGCUGCUGCUCCAGAGAAGGAGGAGAAGAAACCUGAAAAGAAAGAAGAGUCUUCUGAAUCUGAUGAUGAUGACAUGGGCUUUGGAUUAUUUGACUAAGUUCGGAAACUGAACAGGGAAAGAGAAGAAACAGGAAGAAUGUGAAUUGGAAUGGACUUAAGUCUUUGACUAAGUUUGUAAUUUUAUGCAUACCUGAAUGUAUAAUUACUAUUUAAAGUUGAAUUGAUAAUAAAUAUUUUACAUAAAA